UCUAUAUAAAAAGUAAAAACCAAUUAAUAAGCAGGAACCUUUCAGCUUCCUAGCUAGAAACCACCUUCAUCACUCCUUUAAUUUGUAACAAGGUAGUAGCCAUGGCGGCCAAAACCAGCGACGACUGCGACAAGGGCUUCGCAGACAGCUACAUGCUGCUGAAGCAUGAAGACGCCCGGUUCUUCGAUCUGCUUCACGUCCUCACUUCGCGAAACAUGUCGCGAAGGAGGUUCGUGGAGAGCCACGCGGAGGGCGAAGUGGACGAGAGCUUCGGCCACCGCUGGCUUAUAUUCAUCUCUAUCUUGGCCCAGAAGCUCUUGCAGUUGAUGGCCAAGCCAUUAGCGUUCUUUGGGAUCUGCGUUGAGCUUCUCAUCAACUUGAUUGCCCUCAACGGUGGUAUCUUCUAUAUCAUAUUUAAUUUCCUAAGAGGGAAGUUAGUGUUGCCGGAUCCAAGAUCAGCAAAGUAUUUGUCGUGUAUUGGGAAUUUAGAUGUGCGAGUAAAAUUGGAUGGCAUCACUCGUGAAGAUAGCAAAUACUAUAUUGCCCUUUCUAUGAUGGCCUCAAAAGCAUCCUAUGAAAAUGCUGCUCAUAUCGAAACUACUGUCGAAGAUCACUGGAAGAUGGAAUAUGUAGGCUUCUUUGACUGCUGGAAUGAGUAUCAAGAAAAGGCCUCAACUCAAGUGUUGAUAGCUUUAGACAAACACCAAAACCGGGAUACUUAUGUUGUGGCCUUCAGAGGAACAGAACCCUUCAACGCCGACGAUUGGUGCACGGACAUCGACAUCUCAUGGUACGGAAUCCCCGGCGUGGGAAGAAUGCACGGCGGCUUCAUGAAAGCAUUAGGGCUACAAAAGAAUGUGGGGUGGCCAAAGGAAAUUGAAAGAGACGAGCGUCUUCCACCAUUAGCAUAUUAUGUUAUUAGGGACAUUCUAAGAAAAAGGCUGAGUGAAAAUGAGAAUGCAAAGUUCAUAGUAACGGGUCAUAGUUUGGGAGGUGCACUUGCAAUCUUGUUUGGGACAGUGUUGUUUUUGCAUGAAGAGACGUUGUUGUUGGAGAGGCUUGAAGGGAUCUACACGUUUGGGCAACCGAGAGUUGGAGAUGAAGCAUAUGCAAUGUAUAUGAAACAGAAAUUGAAGGAACAUUCGGUAAGGUAUUGUAGGUUUGUUUAUUGCAAUGAUAUAGUUCCGAGGUUGCCGUACGAUGAUAAGGAAAUGAUGUUCAAGCACUUUGGGAUAUGCCUUUUCUUUGAUUGGCGAUAUCAGCUCAAGGUUCUUGAAGAAGAACCGAACAAGAACUACUUCUCGCUAUGGUGUGUGAUACCCAUGACAAUGAAUGCAAUUUUGGAACUAAUAAGGAGCUUUACUAUUGCAUACCAAAAUGGACCUCACUACAAAGAAGGAUGGCUUCUAUUUGCUUUCAGGGUUAUUGGGGUAUUAAUUCCAGGCUUACCUGCUCAUGGUCCCCAAGAUUAUCUUAAUUCCACUCUUUUGGGACCAAUAGAAAAACACUUAAAAGCAGACUGAAUAUAUGGCUACAAAAGACAGGGCUAUGCUAGCUAUACCUCUUAAUUUGGAACAUGUCGUAAUUAUUAGAAUUGUUUCACUGAUUGGCUUUUGUUAUAUUAAUGCUAAGGGGUGGUUUUGAUGUGAUA